AUGGCAUUCUCCAACACCCUCAAAGAUCCCACUCUCUUCAUUGAAAAAUCAUACAUCGAUGGCCAAUGGGUUUCAUCAAAAUCCAACAAGACCUUUAACGUUUACAACCCAGCCACCGAGGCACUCAUUGGAACCUGCCCCGAAUCAAACACAGACGAUAUCAACUCCGCCAUCCAAGCCGCCGCGAAAGCCUUCCCCACAUGGAGAGCCCAAUCAGGCCGACAGCGCGGACGCAUUCUUCGUCGAUUCUUCGAGCUCAUCAUCGAAAACAAAGAAGACAUCGGCAAGAUCAUCACAGCAGAGAAUGGCAAAGCCAAGGGCGAUGCAGAGGGAGAGGCGAUGUUCUCAGCUGGCUUCUUCGAGUGGUUCUCUGAAGAAGCUCCUCGCAUCUACGGCGAUGUAAUUCCUCACAGCAACCCUUCCAGCCGCACUCAGGUUAUCAAAGAGCCAGUCGGUGUAUGUGGUUUGAUCACUCCCUGGAACUUCCCCAUGGCCAUGGGAGCACGCAAGGUCGCUGCCGCCCUGGCUGCAGGCUGUACAGUCGUUAUGAAGUCUGACGGCGUCACUCCAUUCUCUUCAAACGUGCUCGCCGCACUUGGUGAGCGCGCUGGCGUGCCUAAGGGUGUGUUCAAUGUUGUCACUGCGCUUGAGAACACCCCAUCGCUCGGAUUGACGCUUUGCGAGUCUGAUAUCGUGAAGAAGAUCUCAUUCACCGGCUCGACACGUGUUGGUAAACUGCUCAUGAAGCAGUCAAGCAACAGCCUGAAGAAGCUCAGUCUCGAGCUUGGUGGAAAUGCUCCAUUCAUCGUCUUUGACGACGCAGAUGUGGAGACCGCUGUUACCAGCGCUGUCAUUGCGAAGUUCAAGGUCACCGGGCAGACUUGUGUGUGCGCCAACCGUUUCUUCAUCCAGGAUGGAAUCUAUGAGAAGUUCAGCAAGAGAUUUGUCGAAGAAGUCCAGAAGAGCCUUGUCGGCAAUGGCCAGAAUGCAGCCUCAACUCAUGGCCCCUUGACAAGCGGUGUUAGCAAGACACAGGAACACAUCCAAGACGCCGUUAGUAAAAACGCCAAGGUGCUCCUUGGUGGCAACAGCUUGCCUUCCAUGGGCAAGAACUUCCACGAACUCACUAUCCUGGGAGAUGUGAAUGAUUCGAUGAAGGUUACCAGUGAAGAGACUUUCGGGCCUGUCGCGGCACUUUCCCGAUUCUCGAGUGAAGAGGAGGUUGUCAAGCGCGCUAAUGCCUGCGAGGUCGGCCUUGCAUCGUAUCUGAUGACAAGCGAUCUGGGCACGGCUAACCGCGUCUCGGAGCAACUUGAAUUCGGUAUGGUUGCUAUCAACACUGGCGUGAUCUCCGAUUGGGCAGCACCAUUCGGAGGCGUCAAGCACUCUGGUAUGGGACGUGAAGGCAGCAAGUACGGAGUGGAGGACUAUAUGAACAUCAAGAUGGUUGUGACUGGAGGGAUCAACACCGUGUACUCGCCCAACCUAUAG